GCAGCAGCGACUGCUUUGUUUGUGCUCCAACGCUGAUCUCUGCACGGGCUCCGUCAUUGACCAGCAGCAAUCCGGAAGGAACCUUGUGUUGCCGGGCGCGUGGAGUAACCCUCAGCAGCUACAAUGUCCGGGGCAUGGGGCACGGAGGCCGUGGAAAGAGCACCUAUCGAGGAAAUCCCUCUGAUAACCGAGGUCCACAUCGAUGGCUUGGCCGUCCUUAAAAUCAUCAAGCACUGCACGGAGAGCCUUCCGCAGAUGGUGGCGGGGUCUCUCCUAGGCUUGGACCAAACGGGCGUCCUUGAGGUAACGCACGCGUUCCCUUUGCCGACGGCGGCAACGGGGCCGGACGGGCAACCGGCGCCGGAGGACAUGGACGGGCAGGACUAUCAGAUGGAGAUGAUGAAGAUGUUGAGAGAGGUUAACGUGGACAACAACUGCGUGGGGUUCUACCAGUCCAUGUACCUGGGAUCGUUCUGCACCCAGACACUGAUCGACAACCAGUUCAGCUAUCAGGAGAACCUGAGCGACAACUCGGUAGUGAUCCUGUACGACCCGGUGCAAACGGCAAAUGGGCAGCUGACGAUCAAGGCGUACCGUCUGUCGAAGGCGUUCAUGCGAGUCUACCGCGAGAAGAAGAACGAGGUCAUCAAGCCUUCCGAGAUCUUGGAGGAGCUGCCCAUCAAGAUCAGGAACCCGGGCAUCAUCAACGCCCUCAUCUUCGACCUCCAGGAGGAGGACCGCGUGGACUGCGACUUCGACCGGCUAGACCUGUCGACUAACCCCUACCUCGAGAAGAACCUAGAGUUCCUCUGCAACUGGAUAGACGACCUCUCCAACGAGCAGCAGAAGUUCAACCAGUACACCCGGAACGUCGCACGGCAGAAGCAGGCAUGUUGGGACCAAGCACGAUUGCUCCAGAAGCGCAAGCAGCAGAACGACGAGCGCCGAGCUGCGGGCGAGGAAGCGCUGCCGGAGGAAGAUUCGGCAUUCGACAAGAAGUUGGAUGCGCCGAAUCGAAUGGAGGGGCUGUUGAUCUCGAACCAGAUCUCCGCAUACUGUUCUCAGAUCAAUAAGUUCGCGGGGUCGUCCUUCGAGAAGCUCUUCUUGGCCGGCUCUCUGCAGAAGGAGGCGUGAUUCUGUUGUGUAUAUUUACGGGGGGGGAGGGGUUGUUUUUUGUUUUCUCGUGUCAUCCGCAGGUGUUUUGACCAAUCUACGAAUUGCGUAAGUACCACAAAAUCUCUGCUGUAUGUAGUCUGAUUUUCCUACAAGCAGCCUUGGACUCGAAGCCCCUCACCUAAAAGUACAAGAGAGAGCGAGAG